UACAGGCGGGAGAGGUGCAGACGAUGAGAUGAUUUUAGCAUUAGAGCUCUGGGUUCUGUUAUUAUCGCUGUCUGUGGUUAUGGUCAACCAGUCCAAUCCACAAAAUGAGAAGAGCAACAGAGAAUCAAGGAAACAGUCGGAAACUUACAGAGUACUUUACCCCGAGGAAUAAAGUGAAGGACCUCGGAGUCCAGCAGUGCUCCCAAUCCCAAUUCACACCUUUUCUCCCGGAGACUCCAAUGAAGCCCUCUAACCGGCUCUCUCACCCACCUCCUCGGAGAACGUUGCCAUUUCAAAGCCCAGAGCCGUGCCACAGGGAUAGACUGGGUCCACAAUGGCACCCUCCUUAUCCUCUGGGACCAAUACAUUCACCAGGGUUUGUUCCAAGCAGCCCAACUAACAUUGGUUGCUCUGUAAAUAGGUAUCAACCCAUACCAAGAGGCAGACUGGAUCCUGUGCAGCACCAGCGCCAUCCAGCUCCAGGGUCUUUCUGCUCAUCUGGGUAUGCUCCAGUCACACCAGUUAGUACUGAUCCAACAGCUAAUGGGGCUCCUGGUGUCUUUUACCCUGCAUCUCCCCACUUCAUGAAGGAUUUAAGCAGCCACUCCCCAUCUUCCCAUAUCAGGAGAGAUCACGGGACCGAAUCCAAGGGCACUUGGUCUUAUAAAAAUGUAACCACACAAAGACAAGAAUCAAACAAGGCUCUGUCCGGUGAUGCGAGGACUUCAGUACAAACUGUCCAGCUCCACAGGCCCCCUGUAACCCCAUCAUUCAACAGCAGAGCAAGUCAAGACUCACUGGCCCCCUCCGACUCAGAGUAUUGGAGUCCUGGACACAGCCAGUGGGCCCCGUCGGUCUACCAGCCUUCACCGAGUACCCAGUCCCCUGACAGGAGUCGUGGUUCAAGUUUACCCAACAUGUACAGCCCUGUAGCCCCUUACCAGGAACAGCAACAUAAACGAACAUCUUUAAGUGAAAACUUAAUUCCAGUAGUGGACUUGAAUUUCUCACCUCAGAAGAGGUGCAGGGAGUUUGAGGACUGUGACGAUAGUGCAAAGAAACUGUGUCUUCCGGGUUGUGGCAAACCACAGGCACCAAAGCCCGCUGUUGGCAACUCACUCAGUACUUCACUGCUGUCUCAGACGUCACAGAGGCAUCCUUCAGUCUCGGAACUGUCACCCAAAACCACAGAUAGCCAUCUGUGCACAGAGCCACCACGUUGCCAGUCACCAUGCUCAGAACUGUCAUCCACAUUUAACCCCCCCCAGUCAUCCUGUGCAUCACUGUCACCCAGACCUUGUUUAAAGAGACCACCAUCAAUGGGGGCAAAGCAAGCCUAUAUCACUUCCAACCAGAAUCAUUCAAAGCUAAUAGAGUUAACAUCACCUACAAAAGUGUUCCCAGGUGAAGAACGUUUGAAGAAAAGAAGUGAGGAAAAUGAUAAAAGGGAUAAAGCAAGCUCUUUUGUAUCUUACGAGGUUCCCCCCAAAGACACUGGUAGCUCACUUCAUAUUCAGUCAGGCAGCCACCACUCAGGUCAUCCCCACCGUAAUACUUCAGUGUUACCAGCCAAGACCCCGAGCAGAGGAAAUCAUGUGGAGGAGAGCACGAAGUCGGACAGUAGCACUCCAAAACUAGCCUCAAAAACAAAUUCAGGUUAUUGCACGGUAGAAAGAAACAAAACCACCCGUCCGCGAAGACCUGUAGCAGUCCCUAACGAUAUCGAUGACCUUUUCACCCCUGAUCCCCUGACCUAUGUAGUCAGCUCUGGCCAUAAAACUACAAAGACCAGGAAAGAUGGGAUCAAAUCCCUCAUCUCAGAAAACAGUUUUUCCUCCAGCACUGUGACCAGCUCCAGUACUUCAGUUACUGCAUCCUCGUGUCGCAAAACUGGUUCUCCUCAUGCAGUGGACACCCGAGUGUCUUCCUUGUCAUCAGCACAUCUCCCACAAGUCUCAAUGCCAACUGUAACUUUACAGCGGGUAAAACUUGAGAACUUUAAACCUAUUUUCUCUAAAAACACUGAACUCAAAAAGAGCCCCAUCCCUCCUUCAGGCAAGCAGCUCAAAGAUGAGAAACACACAUCGCUUUUUCCUAACAAUUUGGAAACAUGCGCUUUAGAGACUGGGAACACGACUGCUCCGUGUCAUCGUUCUCGGUCUCCACUGCUGGAGAAGCGGGCAAAUCCAGGGCGUAGAAAACCGGUGAUUGAAGAGGAUCCCAUAGAUGUGGAGCUGGACUUAGACCUGAGUUUUGCAUUAGAUAUGGAUCUAACCCAGAGCUCCCAGAGCAGUGAGGAGGAGCAGCUGCUCUCCCUGCAGGAAAUGAUGGAGCGUGUUACCAAGCCUCCAGAUACGCCGGAGAAGGGAGCCUUCUCUGAACCUAGUACACCUGGACAUCGCAGCACUCAGUCAAAAACUCAGCCAUUGCCAUCAACCACAAAGUCAGGCAACUACAAGAACAGCCUUGACCAGAUGCUGAAGGAAAUAAACUCCACUAAAAAAGCUAAAGAGCUUGAGACACAGCUUCUAACUGCAUGUCAGGAGGACCUGUUGAGAAUAGCUGAAUUUGAGGAGGCUGAGGAGAACCGGGAGGAGGGCGUCUCCACUGAACAACAGGAAUUCCUGCAACGCUACUCUUUGAUGUCCAAUGCAAUCAGGGAAGUGCCUCCAGGAGAAGUCGUGUUCAACCUGGAGAAAUUUGGCCAGAUCUUCGACCACAAUACACUGCAGCUCAGACAGUGCAUGGUCAGUCCGCAGGGGACGGCGCAAAAAACAAUUCUUUGGUCCAGCCCUGCGCAGCUGAGAUUGCACUUAAAUAUUGGAUUGUUCCAGGAAGCUUACGACUGUCGCUCGCCCUGUCCAACUCAGGUUACCCGUUUCCUAUUCAAGAUGAUGUCAGUCCACAGUGAGAGGAUGGUAUCUGAAAAGAUGCUACAGGCCCUCUGUGACAUCGCCUGCACUGCUGCUUAUCAGAUAGUGGAAAAUGGAAGUCAGCAGUUUAAAGUGUGGGUGCCCAGUUUGGCCGAUGUGGCGCUGGUCCUGAUGAAUAUGGGAAUUGCGUUCGUCACUCUUUUCCCUUUUGAGAACCUGCAGCCUCCAUUCACAGAGGGAGAUCUGCUGGAAGACAUCUAUUUUAAAAGUGAGAGUCCCUCCAGUAACACGGAGAAGAGCACUUUCCCCGAACACAACUGCAACAACAUCUUGAAGUACCUGUCUUACUGCAUGAGCCUCUGUCCGCUGGCGUACAGCGACAAUGAGCUCCUGCUGCUGCUAACUGUUGUGGGAAGGGUGGGCCUGGACACUCGGCUCAUCCUGCAGUCCAGUGUGGAGCUGUACCCUCUACAGUACAAAAUUGUCAACAACAUCAGAGACUGGGACUCCAUGCUGCCCAGAAUCUGUCUGGCCCUUACUGAUCUGACAGAUGACCACCACAACAUGUGCCUGCUAGUUCAACUGCUGCCUGACAACACACGCGGAAAGCAGCUACGGAGACAUCUAAGCCUGUCCAUGAUCUCCAAACUGUUGGAUGGAAAUUGCACCUACAGACCUAAAGAAAAGGAGUUUCAGCUCUCUGAUUUGAGGCCGUACCUUCCCCGUAUGCAACCCUCCUCCCUUCUCCGAGGCAUGCUGAGCUCCUCCAGCAGGAGUCAGAAAGAUAAGGAGGAGCACAUGGACACCCUAGACCAACAGUCCUACUACCUCUGCUACAGCCUUCUGACGUUAGCGAAUGAAGCUUCCAAUUUUCAGUUCUUCCCAUCUCAUCAAAAGAGGCAGCUACUGUGUCUGUGCUCUGAGCUGGAAACGCACGUCAAGUGUGACAUCAGAGAGAGUGAGAAAUGUCUUUACCGGAGCAAGGUAAAGGACCUGGUGGCCAGGAUCUACACCAAGUGGCAGAUGCUCCUUCAGAGGACCAGGCCUCUCCAUGGGAAGCUGUAUGAUUACUGGCAGCCUUUGCCUGUGGACACACUGACGAGCAGCCAAGAAGAGCUGGACAACAGUGAUGAUGGAGAGGGACCUGUAAUGGAGGACGAUGAAGUAAAAGAAACCAAUGAAACUGAACAGUUUACAAUGCCAAGUGAGGAUGAGGAGAAGGAAGAGGAACACACAGACGCAGACGAGACAGGGGACAACAUGAAGUCAGGCAAAACCGAGGGAGACAAUACAAUGGACACAAACAAGAGCGAGGACAGCAGGAAGUCAGAGGACAUGGAGGGAGACAACACAAUGGACACAAACAAGAGCGAGGACGACAGGAAGUCAGAGGACAUGGAGGGAGACGAUACAAUGGACACAAACAAGAGCGAGGAUGACAGGGAGCCAGAAGACAUGGAGGGAGACGACACAACGGACACAAACAAGAGCGAGGACGGCAGGAAGCCAGAAGACAUGGAGGGAGACGACACAACGGACACAAACAAGAACGAGAACGACAUGAAACGAGAAGAAAAGGGAGACGAUGGAAUGGAUGACACAAAGGAAACUGGGGAAGCGGCGGAAACGGUCCAUGGAGACUUGAACCACGAGAUCUCAGAGAUGAAGCUUCACGACCACAAGCAAUCAGAAGCUGGAGACAUAAAGCGAACUGAGGUGGAGACUGAAAAUCUGGUUGAGAGAAGAGAAAUUUCUCACUACAGCCAGGUACCAGCUUGUGAUCUACUGUAGUGUGAUAGUUUUUUAUUUGUUUUCAACUGUUUCUUUGAAUUUAAGCUCAUUUUGCACUAUUUGCCUACCUUUUUCUACAGAAAACCACUGCUUCAUUGUCAGUACAAAUACAAAGUUUAUAUUUAUGAAUAAAACCAUUUUUGGAGCAAACACAAAGUUCAUAAUUUUAUUUGGUGUUGCACAAAAAUGAAAAAUAUUAUUUUAUUGUUUGUCUUUUCUUUUUAAGUAACUUGAUGUUUGACUCGUGUGUAAAUGACUACUCACUAUACCUCUUUUCAUUUAUUUAGUUGAGUGCCCACACAGCCUGUGUUUAAUUGGGAGGAAUUCUUUAACAUCCUUGUUAUUGUUCAUCUAUGUUCAUUUGUUAAACUCAAUUAAUUUCUCGAAAAAACAGUUAAGUGUCAUCACUUGCUUUGGCUAGUCUGAGCAACCAGAAAGCUAAUGUACUGUUUGCAUGAUACAGUAUAGGUCAGCCUCAUGUGGAAAUGUCACCCAUGUUCAAAAUUGACUUGACUAUGCAACAUGUGUAUGAGUACAUUAUCCAUUUAGAAACACCAACUUGUAACCAGGUUUCUCGGUAGUAACUGUAUAGUUACCAAAUGUAGUUAUUAUAAAUCUGCAGCUGGUAUUCUUCACAGUAGUUAUUUUGACUUGUCAUAAUACAAAAAGUACAGGUGUUACUGCUAACACAAAAAAAAUACUUUGUUCUAUUUAAACUCUUCCAGUAAAUCCUGACAGUGACACUGAAGCUAAAUGGAAUUCAGCCAUAAUUAUAUUAUUUACACCUGUGCUUUUGUUUUUGUCACGUCAAAAUGUCUUGUGUGGAAAAAAAAAGUAUUGAUUUCCAGAUUCUUGUCAUCUUGUUUGUUGAUUUAUUGUUAUUAUUUAAUUGUUGUUUUGAAUGUGUUCUU